AUGAUUAUACCAGCUUCCGGCCAGGCUGGCGUCAAUUCCCCCAGUGGGACUCAGGGCCCGCCGCGCCGUUCGGGUGUCAUGCAGGGCCAGGAACUAAUAAUCCUAUGUGAAGAAGAACUUGGUGGCCAAUCAGUAUCAAGUUCUAUUGGCGCAGCUGGAGACAUUCCAAGCCAAAUUUUAUCAUCAAACUCUUCGUCCGCCAAUUCGGCAUCCACCACUUCAGUCGGUGUCUCCCUUCUCACAGGAACGGGCACUUCUGGCAGUAGCUCAUGCUCUCGCCCUGGUUCCAGUAGUGGAAAAAAACUUUCAUUGUUUGGACAAGUGUAUAGUCGAGCGGAGUGCCGACCUCCAACCAAUUCCAAAUACAUGCGUCUUAAAGAACAACAGGUAGUCAAUUUUGAGUGUUUUGGAAUCUUAGUAAUGUCUUCCUCUUGUGACUUAUACAAUCAUUUUUUUAUAUUUGACCCCUUGGAGCUCUUCGCAGGUUCAUCAAGCGCAGUAAUAUUUUUUCCCUUGUGUUCAUUUUGUGGUACCUAUUAUUUCCAUAUCUCAAAAACGUUUCUGCGUAAAUUGAUUCUUUUUUGUCCUUUAAAGCUACGCAAUAUAGGCUUUAGCCUUGCAUCCAAACGAUCGAUUUACUCUUGUUUUAGACUUCGCUUAGAUUCGAUGAUUAUUUGCUUUAAUAUUUGGUUUCUGAGUUGA